CUCGCGGGUCAUCUUCGGCCAAUGACGUUUCAGCCAAGCGGUGAUUGGUCCCAGUGAUUCUUGCCGCUCGUCGGCGGGGCUCUGAGUGGAGGGGGCGUUUCUCUCGCUGUUUGCGCGGAGGAGGCCUAGACUCAAGCUGAAAAUGCAUGUCCUCUGGAUGAUGCGCCAGGUCUCCCAGACAGGGAUUCCAGUGUGCCUGAGCCUUACCCGACAUCUCAGCAGCACAACCUCCAGAGCUUCCUACAAGUACGUGAAUGCUAGGGAGGAGCCAACAGACUGGAAAUCGGUCACUGACAAAGCUGCGCAGACUCUCUUGUGGACAGAACUUAUCCGAGGUUUGGCUACGACCAUGAGUUACGUAUUCCGAGAGCCUGCCACUAUCAACUAUCCUUUUGAGAAGGGCCCGUUGAGUCCCCGAUUCCGUGGAGAGCAUGCCCUGCGCAGAUACCCAUCUGGAGAGGAGCGAUGCAUUGCUUGCAAGCUGUGUGAAGCUGUAUGCCCUGCUCAGGCAAUCACUAUUGAGGCAGAGACUCGAGCUGAUGGUAGCCGCAGGACCACUCGCUACGACAUUGACAUGACCAAAUGCAUCUACUGUGGAUUCUGCCAGGAAGCCUGUCCCGUUGAUGCUAUUGUGGAGGGCCCCAACUUUGAGUUCUCCACUGAGACACAUGAAGAGCUGCUGUACAACAAAGAGAAGCUGCUCAACAAUGGAGACAAGUGGGAAGCUGAGAUUGCUGCUAACAUAGAAGCCGAUUACUUGUAUCGGUGAUUGAACAUUUCCCUCGGUCUUUCCAUAUCCUGAUCAGCAUGCUCAUCCAAAGCCAAACCUGUAAUAAAGGGCAUGCACCCAC